CUCUGUCUCUCUCUGUCUCAAAAAUAAAUAAACAUUAAAAAAAAAAAUUUUUUUUUAAAGAAGAAUGGAAACAACGCCAAUGUUCAAUAGAGGAUAAAUGAGUUAAAAAAAAAAAAGGUGGUAUUCUCAUAAAAUAAAAUGCUCUAUGCCAGUUUAAAGGAAUACCCUAGACCUCUAUGUAAAUUUGGGCAGAUCUCAAUGACAUAAAGCCAGGUUAAAAAACAAAACAAAACAGUUUAGCAGCUUUAUAAACAUAAACAGUAUUACAUCAUGUGAAAUUUUAAAAGCACAUACUAAAAUAUAUAUACCAACAGAGGUCUCCACAAUGAUGGAAAUAUUCUAUAUCUCCACUGUCCAAUAUGGGAAUAGGAGCCAUUCGCCACAUGUGGCUACAUGUGCACUUGGAAUAAGGCUAGUGAGGACAGGCAGCGCCAGUGGCAGUAAAAUGACUAUUCUGGAACAGAAUCUUAACAGGCAGCCCUCUGGGUCUUUCUCGGUGCCAGCCGGCAACAGUUACUUCCCCGUGCCUCCUGCCCCACUGCCAGGGCCGACCAUGGGGCUGGUGAAGAGCCCGAAUUGGAAGGGCAUAAAUUCUCCUGCUACUACACCCAGCCACUGCCUGUCCCCAGUGCAACUGCUGGGCAGACUAAGUGCAGUAGCCAGACUCCUUUUUCAACCGUCCAGUCCGGAUGUGUUGUUGUCCUUCCUGCAACAAGAUGUUAAAGACUCAGCUGUCCUAUCAUGCCGGCGCCCUCACCUGGCUGUUUUGGGGAGCCUGUGCCUGCUGGGGUGCAGAGCUGGUUGCUUACUGCUUCAUCCCUUUUUGUCUGGAUGCACUUGUGGACCACGACUGUCCCAACUGCAAAGCUCUUCUAGGCACCUACUAAAAGCAUUUACGUAGCAGGCUGCCAGACCUGAAGGGAGCCACGUGCUGCAGGAAGUGCUCUCCAACUCUUACCCAGUCCAGCCCCGGGGAUGGGGGUUUCAUCUUGGGGGCCUCAUCGCUCUAGGGGCUUCACCUUCAUGUCUUCUUUUGGGGCAAAAAUAUCGCAAAAGUAACACACCUCUAAAAGCCCAGAGAUUGCUGCUUGGAGUCGUGCACAGGGCAUGCAAAGACAGUCACCUUGAGUGUUGGUUCAAGGGUUUCCCACCUACCGUGACCCCAAGUCACCCCAUCUAACUGUGACCAUUGCCCCGUCUGAAUAUCUUCUGGUAAUUGGCCAUUGGCCGGCUUCUUUUCUUGCCUCCGUGGGCCUUCCUGGGGGCCGUCUCAAACUGAGAGGCCACAGGUUGCCUUAAUUUUGAGACUGUUCUGGCCCGAAUACGGCAGGCCCAGCUUUUAGUGCCUGCCAUCAUGUUCAUCUGUUCCCACUUCUGAUGAUAGAAAUCUUGCCUUAUAAACUAAGGGCGUGGCUCUCAGAGUCUGUAACUGUGUGCUUUCAUUAGCACACAAAUUCACUUUAACUUCUUCAUUCCUUUUUAAGUACAAGGAGGAGCUAUCCACACCCACAAGACACACACGCAUGAGGUCAUAAAUGCAUGCUGGAUACAAGUGUAGGACUGGAUGUUGUCAUGGAUCCGCCUUCCCUCAGCUCUUUUUACCAGAUCCUCAGCCACUUUACAUGAAGAGCCUUUUUCUUCUAGAGGAAUUGUUUG